AUGGAUUGGCAACCUCAGGACGAGCCAUUGAGGCAGCUGGCAUGCUGUCUCCGAGACUCCCUCAAUGGCCAGGACGCGGCCAUGCGGAAGCAAGCUGAAGAGAUGCUGGCCCAGGCUACAUCUUCGCCGGACUAUGUGAAUUACAUUACCUACCUCUUCUCCACCGCGGAGGUCCCUGCCUGCGUCGGCAUGGACCCAACCAUCUACAACUUUGUCCGAUUCGCUGCUGCCAUGAACAUCAAGACCAAAAUCGCUUGGGGCUACCACACCAUUCCCCAGCAGAGCCUGAUUUUCAUUCGGUCUGCCGCGCUCAUUGCGCUUCGUGAUAAUGAUCGUCAGGUCCAGAGAGGUGCCGGCAGCAUCAUAACGGAGCUUGUGCAGCGGGGUGGCCUGUUGGCCUGGCCUGAAAUUUUGCACGAGCUUCUGUCGCUCGUUGGGAACUCUCCCGGCAAUGUGUCCAUUCCUGCUCAGGAGGCCGCAAUGAAUGCCCUGUUCAAGGUUUGCGAGGAUAACCGCAAGAUCCUCGAUCGCGAUUACCAGGGCAGCGCCCGCUUGACGUGA